GAUGCCCAUUAACCUUUCCUCCUAUUUAUGUUGACAUCAUGGGAUAUCUCAUUGUACUGUCAUGUCUACUCCGUACCAUACGGGACAAUUUGUGAAUCAAUACCUAAUAAACGCUUCGGAACAGCCCGGUCACGAAACGUAGUACGAUAGAGUCCAGCCGAUUUUGUCACUUCCAUUUCUCCUCCGAGUCAACCGUAUCCAGACCCAUCUAUCCAAUUGUAACAAUCAUGCCUCCUCGGGGUCCUCGCCGGCAUGGGAAUGACCUUGCCGUCCUUGUGCGAAGCGUUCCCACCCUGAAGACCCGACGCGACUGGUGUCCCUGGAUGAAGGCCAUAGAAACUCAUGCGCGACGAGUCCAUGUGUGGGAUUAUAUCAAUCCAGACGGGGAUAUAUCACCGCCCGAGGCAACCUUCCCUACGGAAGAUGCGUACAAGGCGAUGUCCCAGUUCGCAAAGAAGAAGCUGGAAAUCGACCGGGAGGCGGCUCGGGUCUAUCUUCGGCCUACGGAUUCCUUACGUGAUAUUCUGAAGAAGCUGUCGAGUCGCUUUAAACCAUCGGAAUGGCAGGAAAAGAAGUUCUUGAGAGAGUCCCAUGACCAACUGCUCCGGGGCCCGAAGAAGAAUGGCCCCGUCGGCCUCGCCAAUUGGAUGGUGCAAUGGUCCGAUUUCCAUGAAAAUGCGAAAGAGACUGGGAUGACCUAUUUUUCAGACGAUUAUAAUCUUGCCGCUGACCUGAUCGAGGCGUGUGAUCUAGCGGGUUUCAAGAGCUUUGCCACGUGCGGGAGAGGGCGCCUGUUCUCUGCCGACACGGAGGAGGAGAGAAAGGAGCUGAAAUUCUCUGACUUCAUCGACCUCUUUUGUUUCGUAAGUAACGAGGAGAUCGUUCGAUGA